UCAAAAGCGAGAGUCUGACUUUUAACACGUCGCCUCAAGUUGGAGGAUUAUUUGGUGAAGUUUUAAAGCGGAUGGAGGCGUUUUUCCUCAUCCUUUAGCCCACAGGAGUAAUUUAAAUUUAACUUUAGAGUAUCAGCGAAGUGUCCUGAACUAACCAUGGCGUUGGCGAUGCCGAAAUGGGAGAGACAAACCCGCAUAUUUCUCUGCGUUUUUGGGUUGGUUUUGUCUGUUUAUGCGCUUCACGUCGAGCUGUCCCGAGAAAGAAACCCAAAUUAUAGGGCGAUGUGUGACCUGGGGGAGUCUGUGAGCUGCUCCAAAGUUUUUACCUCCAGAUGGGGACGUGGAUUUGGCUUGGUCCAGUUCUUUGUUGCCAAAGACAGCCCUCUGAACCAGCCCAACAGCGUGCUUGGCAUCAUAUUUUACACUCUGCAGAUGGGCCUUGGACUGUCACUGUCCAAAAAAGCAGCAAUGUUUUUGGUCUUCUCUUCCUGGGUGUCGGUGGCCGGCUCGCUCUAUCUCGCAUCUAUUCUCUUCUUUGUUCUGGAAGAUUUCUGUAUGGUCUGUGUGUCAACAUACAUGAUCAACUUUGGGUUGCUCUUCACCAACCUGCAACGAAAGAGAGCAAUUGAAGGAAUGAAGGAAAAGGCUGGAUAGAAGGACUCACUUGUGAAAUUCAACACCGCCUUCUUUUUUUCUGCUGAACUGAAGUCUCACUGGAUCUGAAAACCAAAUUGUAGGCUACACUAUUUCUGCAUUGUUUAUACCUCUUAAGACUUUUCAGAGAAAUAGGACUGAAGAUGCCUUUCAGAAGAUCUAUAAGAUGUUUUUGAGUACAGAAACUUGAUAAAGCAGUGGCCAUUUUUAGAUGACAAUGUGCAUUUUUGAUGCUGAUUACACGUUUGAACACUACCUCUGGUUCUGGUCUCAUGUGUUUUAGGCCUGGUUUGUAAAGUCAACAAAAAUAAAAGUAGAUAUACACUACAGUCUACAGUAAAAUACAAGGUGGUAAAUGAUACAGACCCUUGUAAUUAUUCAGUCCAACCAGUAGAUGGCACUAAAGGCCCAGAGUUGUCAUUGCAUGAUCAAUGUGGAGACAGGUCAAGUUUAAUGCUGUAUUUCAGGAACACAGGAGCUACAGUGUUACAAGUAUGACUGAAUAGCAAAGAUAAUGUCCAAACUUGUCCCCACUUAAUUUUGUCAGCUUUAUACCCAAAUUAUAAUUUAAGACAUGCUUAAACUGCCUUUAAUCUAAACCUACAUACGCCCUUACUUCAAGAUGAAAAUCACACUUGCACACAAAUCAUGUUUUCAGUUUUAAUGAGAUGUAAGACCAGUUGGUCACCUGCACACAACUGUAGGUGCCUGCAGGUCUAAAUCACUGCUGCUGUAACAGUUUUGUCUGUAUUUAUGUAGAGCUUAUAUCCAAAGAACCUUUAUACAUCCACACAUCAACACACAUAUAGCAAGCUACUGUUCAAGGUGCUCAAGGACACUUUAAUUUAAAAAUAAAUAAAGGAUGAGUUAGAUAUCAAAGCA